AUGGAAUCCUCUGAAAACCCUAAUAUUCAAGAAACAACUAUAAAUGAAAAUAAGGUUGAAAUAACCGAAAUAAUAACUUCGACUACCUCCGAUAGUGGAGAAGAGUCUUCGGAUAAAGGUUCUCCUGUAAAAAUUUCACAUUCAGAUGCUGAAGAAAAUAUUGUAGUAGUUAUUAAGGAGGGAGAGACCGUUACAGAUAAUGAAGUGAUAACUGAUGAGAUUAAUAAUACUAUUCAAAUUCCUGUACUUGAAAAUGUAACUCCAAAUCCUGUAGAUAAUUUACCAGCUGGAGUUUCUGAUGAUGAUAAACAAGAUGAAGCUUCUAAUCUAAUUGUCAACUCUACUGUAGAAAAUAAAGUAGUAGAAAAUACUGAAACGAUAAGUAACGAUGAAGAAGAUUUCGAAAUUAAAUCCGAUGGCAAGGGCAAUGAUAUCAAUAGUGGAAACAUCGGAAAUCAUGAUGAUAUUUCCAUUGUAUUUCCUGCUACGAAUGAUACCGAAGAAGGCUCAGUCAAUAUGGUUCAUCAUGAAAGGGGAAAUCAUAUUUCAACUCAAACAAUUGUUGGUCAAACCAACGUUUUAAGUGAGGAAGAAACUCGGCUAAAUGAUGAUCCUAAUAAUGAAGAGAAUCAAAAUAUUGAUCUUCAAGAUAAUGCCAACUCGGACAUUUCAAAUUUGUCCGGAAAUAAAAUCAAACAAACCGAGAAAGUACCCUUUAAAGGAUACGAGGAAAUUGACGAGUCUAAUACCAAUGAUUCAACAGAUAUAACACAGCCCAAGGAUUUUAAGGAUUAUGAUUCUGACAAUGAACAUAAAAACAAAUCUGAAACUACGAAUACAUCAAACGAAUCUAUUGAUCAAGAAAAUCCUUUACCUAAGCAAAAACUUACUGAAACGGAUACAUUUGAUUCAGAAAAUCCAUUUAACGACUAUCAAAGUUCUUUUUCAAAACCUCAAGAUGCUAGACAUAAAAUACAAGUCGUAAGACCUGUACGAGGCUUCAAUCCCGAUCAUCCGAGUUUAGAACCAAAAAAAACCUUCAGGGAUGAAGUAUUUCAAGCACAAAGAAAACCAACCCAGAACGAAUAUGACGUUGAUUACGAUGAUCCACAACCCGAGAAUGAUAACACCACAGGUAGAAGAUCUACAGAAAUAAAAGGUGAUGAUAAUUCGGGUUCAAAAUCGAAGAGUAAAAAGGAUAAUGACGUUGAUUCUGAUGGUUCACAACGCGAGAACGAUAACAUCUCAGGUAGUAGAUUAGCAGAAAGAAAAGGUGGUGAUAAUUUGGGUUCAGAAUCGAAGAGUAAAGAGGAAAUUGACGUUGAUUACGAUAAUCCACAACCCGAAAACGAUAACAUCUCAGGUAGUAGAUCAGCAGAAAGAAAAGGUGGUGAUAAUUUGGGUUCAGAAUCGAAGAGUAAAGAGGAAAAUGACGUUGAUUACGAUAAUCCACAACCCGAAAAUGAUAACACCACAGGUAGAAGAUCAGCAGAAAUAAAAGACGGUGAUGAAAAAGUAAUUGAUUUCGAUGGUUCUAAGAUUACAGGUAGAAAAGGUGAUGAUAAUUCGAAUUCAGAAUCCAAAAAUCAAGUACCAUUCACAUCAUCUCAUCAACAUAGUAGUAAUAAUGAUGGCGUUGAUACCACCACAGAAAGAAUUUCAACAGAAAGAAAAGGUGGUGAUAAUUCGGGUUCAGGAUCAAAGAGUAAAAAGGAAAAUGACGUUUAUUCUGAUGGUUCACAACGCGAUGAUGAUGUUAAAACCACAGGUAGAAGAAGGUUAACAGAAGGAAAAGAUGGUGAUAAUUCGGGUGCAGAAUCCAUGAAUCAAAUUAAACCUGAGGAUGUAUUUCAAGUACCAAUUACAUCAACUUAUCAACAGAAGAGUAAUAAUGAUGGCAGUGAUAACACCACAGGAAGAAGUUCAAUAAGAUUAAAAGAUGACCAUAAUUCGGAUUCACAAAAUAACUUUCAUGGUUCACGACGCAAUGAUGAAACCAAUCAACGCAGUAAAAAUACCCAAUCACUUUCACAGUCCAAUCUUUAUGAAAAUCGAGAAUUUGGAUAUGGGAACCUCGAAGAAGAUCCUAGACAAUUUCGUGAGAAUCCUAGGAAAUUUAUUGAUAAAGAACGUUAUCAAGGGCCAAAACAUGAAGACUUACAUUAUGAGAAGGGGCCCAUGCCCGGUGGAUCCGAUAAAAAUGAUGGUUCGCAUUCAGGUGAUAAAGGAUCAGGUGGUCGACUUUACAGUAAUGUUCAUAUGCCUGGUGAAUUCAACUCAAACAACAAAUAUCAUUCGCUUUCAGAAGAUAGCAAUCAACACCAGAUAACCGAUAAUAAAGGGAAAAAAAGUGACUUUUCGUUAUCUUACGUUUGGAAUAAUUUAACUGGUAAUAAUAACAAUGACGAAAACGAAAUAAAAGUCAUUUUUCAUGUCCAUUUACCAAAAGAUAUUGAAAAAACAGGAAAUCCCGUAAUUCUUGGCGAUGGAAAAGAAUUGGGAAAUUGGGAAAAACCUAAUGUAAAGCUGCGUCAACCAUUUCCUCAAAAUCCAACAUAUUGGCAAUCUGAACCUGUUAUUAUUUCGUUUUCUAAUAUUGAAGAAAGGAAUGACAUUCAAUAUAAAUUUGCCAUUCAUAUACCCAAAUCCUACUAUCAUCGUAGAGACGAAAGAACUGUGUUUGAAGGAUUUGACAAUCGCGACAAUC